UCACACGCGCCGCGAUCCUGCACCAUACAUAUAAAUCAGGCUGACGGUCCAAACGCCUGGUCAGAGAAUGAGAGAACACCGAGGACCGAAAAAUCAGUAAAAUAACUGGACCUGCCAGUCGGGUAUCAUACAUUCUCCUUUCUUGUCGGUGGCCAGGUGAUUUAUAGUAAUAAAAAUGGCCAUGUCUGCCAGUGCUCAGCUGAGUAAAGUGGUAAAACGGCAGUAUAUGGAACUGCCUCAGGGAGACCAAGUACAAGCCAUGUAUGUCUGGAUCGAUGGAACCGGAGAAGGACUGCGAUGCAAGACCAGGACACUCGACUCGGAGCCUAAAAGCAUCGAAGAUCUUCCUGAGUGGAAUUUUGAUGGUUCCAGCACGUACCAAUCUGAAGGCUCCAACAGCGACAUGUAUCUCAUCCCCUCUGCCAUGUUCAGGGAUCCUUUCCGCAAAGACCCCAACAAAUUGGUCUUGUGCGAGGUGCUCAAGUACAACCGGAAACCUGCUGAAACCAACCAUCGUCACACAUGUAAAAAGAUAAUGGAAAUGAUAGAUCAUCAGAUGCCUUGGUUUGGCAUGGAGCAGGAGUAUACCAUCCUGGGUACGGAUGGACAUCCCUUUGGUUGGCCCUCCAAUGGGUUCCCUGGUCCCCAAGGACCUUAUUACUGUGGAGUUGGAGCAGAUAAAGCUUAUGGCAGAGACAUUGUGGAGGCUCAUUACAGAGCCUGCCUCUAUGCUGGUGUGAAGAUCUGUGGAACCAAUGCCGAAGUUAUGCCAGCUCAGUGGGAGUUCCAGAUUGGCCCAUGUGAGGGCAUCCGCAUGGGAGAUCACUUGUGGGCAGCUCGUUUCAUCUUGCACAGAGUUUGUGAAGAUUUUGGUGUGGUAGCCUCAUUUGAUCCUAAGCCAAUCCCCGGCAACUGGAAUGGUGCUGGUUGCCACACUAACUUUAGCACCAAGGAAAUGCGGGAAGAUGGUGGGCUGAAAUGCAUUGAGGAGUGUAUUGAUAAGCUUGGAAAGAGACACAACUACCACAUCCGUGCCUAUGAUCCAAAGGGAGGCCUGGACAAUGCUCGCAGACUGACUGGCCACCAUGAAACCUCCAACAUCCACGAGUUCUCUGCAGGCGUGGCGAACCGUGGUGCUAGCAUCCGCAUCCCACGAACUGUGGGACAAGAAAAGAAGGGUUACUUUGAGGAUCGCCGCCCAUCUGCCAACUGCGACCCCUAUGCGGUCACCGAGGCCCUGAUUCGCACAUGUUUGCUAGAUGAAGAGGGUGACGAACCUGUGGACUACUAGAUCUCUCUUCUCUUGGACUGAACUUCCCUCCCCUUCUUGCCAUACGUCCCUGUUUUCUUUGUUUUAAAUGGCCAUCAAGCCGAAUUGGUACUGUAUCUUAUUUUUUUUUUAUCAGGGUGGUUCUAACUUGGCAUUUUAAUAUUGCUGAAGUUGACUGGUCAACUUUAACAUUUUUAAGAUUUAAAUCUGAAGUUAACCUGAUUUGACUGGGGACACUGUGUUGCAGGACAUAUUUCUCCCUCAUUUUAACUGUUUCUUGGGGAGUGGAUGUUUAACGUUAACAUUGAAAGCUCUUUGUGAUCCCAUGACUCUAAUAUUUGGAAGUUAAGAUGGACUGAAACGUGAGUCAAGUGCACAGAAGAACCUAGGGCUGCCAAGGCUAGACAUCUUACUUUUAAACCAACAGUUAGUUCUUGCGUAUGUUGACUUGAUUAUUCAAGUACGUAACGUUUCAAUGCAUCUUAUUGACUGUGUAUUAAUUGGAAACUUUUGGUAUCCAUUUCGACUACAUAUUAAACUGUUCUUGAAUGGUACUCUUCACAUUCGAGGUCCAAUAACUGUCCUGUUUUUAUAUUUGUGGAUCCGUUAUGUCAUCUAAUCUUUGAAUUCGGAUUUAACCUGUUUUUGUCGACUACGGCAUAAUUGGAACUGUUUUAGUAAAAACACGAAGUUGCUAAAAAAAAGGAAACUUAAACAUUUUAUUUUUUACCACAAA